AUGGGUUUCCCUUUUAGUACUGGAAUCGAAAAGAGUUGCAGAUUGAUGGCACAACCAGAUGUUACUUUGAUUUCAGAUUUGGAUGUACUUAAAGAUGAUUCGACUAUCAAAGUAAGAGUGAUAAACCUAUGGAACCUCUUUUCAUUCUAUAACAAGGACGAACUUUUCAACAUUGAAUUAAUCUUAAUAGAUGAACAGGGUACUAAGAUUCAAGCAAAUGUAUUAAGAAAAAACAUCUAUCGAUUCAAAAACAUUCUAAAAGAUGGCUUAGCAUUUUACAUAAAAUGUCCAAGCUUUGCAUCUCAAAGGAUGAAUGGUUUUACUUUGACUCGGCAAGAUCAUAAACUUACUUUUCUCCAUAACACUGUUGUUACGGAGUCUCAUGAUUUUUCUGGACCUACAUUUGGUUUUGAGUUUGUUGAUUAUCAGUCUGUUAUCUCAUUGGCCCAUCCUCAAAACAUGGCUAUCGAUGUUAUUGGAUUAGUCGUUGCAAUUGGUGAGAUGGGGCGAGACAAUGAAGAUAUGAAAAAACACAGGCUCAACAUCCAAAUCCAAGAUGCAAAUGGUUUGCAACUCAAUGUCAAUUUGUGGGGUCAUUUUGCUUACAAACUGCAAGACUUUCUUCAUAACAAUCCACACAAUCUUCGUAUGAUUGUUAUCCUUCAAUUUGCAAAACUUAGUAUUUGGAGAGAUCGUCCAACAGUUAACACCUACUUUUCCGUAUCAAAGCUGUUCAUUAACACAGACAUUGAUGAAAUCAAUGCGUUUAAGAAAAGUUUGGAUGGAGAUGAUAGCCCUGAUUCAUCUACAAAUACAUUUACACUUUUGAAGUCUAAUAAAGUUUCUGAACAUGAUGAUUUCAUGGUUAAUUUCCAGUUGAAGACAAUUGUUGAUGUUUCUGAACCCGUGGAGCCUCCUGAUGCAGACGAUCAACCUAAUGUUGAUGAAUUAACUCAUGGUUAUGAAUGUCAUAAUAACGACUGCACAAAAACUGAAACUUCAGUUAUUCCGAGAUUUAUGAUUCCGAUACGUGUCCAAGACAAUACCGGUACACUUACCUUAACCAUGUUUGAAAGGGAUGGAAAAUAUCUUUUGAAGAAAUCAGCCAAGGAUCUGUUUAAAAAAACAUUAAAGGUGCUUGGUUUUAGUACUGCUUUCUAUCCUGGAGAGAUAAAUGCACUGAAAGGGUUGAAAUUGGCGUUUAAAAUAUCAAUCAAAAACUUCAACGUCUCAAAAAAGAACAACCAAUAUAGUAUAUGUAGAGUGAGUGAUGAUGAAAAGUUGAUUGAAGAACUGGAAAAUAAGUUGACCGUUUCACAGGUUGGCAAUUCACAGUCAUUUGAUGUUGCUGAAACAGAUUUUGAAUCACAAGAUACUAGGAGUUUGAAGGAUGCAAUUUCUGGGACAGAUGACAACAUAACACCUUCCACUGUUGAUAAAUAUUCAGCAACAAGUCCCAUGAAGAAUUUGAAUACACCAAAAGUUUUGAAGAGAAAUUUGGAAAAAGUAUUUGAUUUGGAGUUGAAUGAAAACUCAUCAUCUUCAAAAACUCCAAAAAUUUCACCAGAAGGACGCAUUAACCAGGUUGUGAAGGUAAAGUUGGAAAAAAGUGGCUGA